AUGAACAUCCCAAUCCCUCGUGAUGUCAAGAUAACAAUAGAAAAAUAUAACGGCAAGGGGGACCCACAAGAGCAUCUGGAACAAUUUCAGACGAAUAUGAUGGCACAAGAUGUCGCCGAUCCAAUAGCAUGUCGACUGUUUCCUACAACUCUUAAGGAAACAGCCCUUAGGUGGUACUCAGCAUUGCCACCCAAUUCUAUACAAAGUUGGGAAAACUUAACCAACCAGUUUCUCGUGUGGUUCGCAACAAGCAAAGCGCAAUACAAAUCCACUCACGCGCUAGAAACAGUUCGACAAGAGUCAAAUGAAACUUUGCGCGAUUAUUUAAACAGAUUCUUCGAUGAAGCACUUCUGGUUAGAGACUUAGAUCCACAAGUCUCACUACACAUCAUCACUGAAGGCCUUUUGGAAGGACCUUUUUCUAUGUCGCUGACCAAACAGCGACCUCGCACCAUAGAAGAACUGUGUGCGCACUCAAAGAAAUUUAUCAAUCUGGAGGAUUACAAUCGUUCACGAGAAAUCUCCAAAACCAGAACCAGUACAGACAACUUCGAAAAAGAUGUCCAGAAGAAUUUCCAACGCAAAUUUCGCGAAAAUAGAAAGUGGGGAAAAUACGACAACUACACCCCCUUGAAUACAUCUCCCAAGCGGAUUUUCAAGGAAGUAUUCCAAACAGGGUAUGUCCAUGUUAAUAGACCUUCUCCUAUGUCAAAAGGAGUUCAGCAUGAUGAAUCCAAAUUUUGUGAAUUCCAUAACGACAAAGGUCACACCACCGACGAAUGUCUCGCGCUCAGAAAUACAAUUGAGACACUCAUUCGAGAAGGAAAGCUCUAA